AUGUCUUCUUCUAUACCAUCCAAAAUGAAGGCCUGGGUUUACUACGAGUACGGCGGCGUUGAGGUGUUGAAAUUUGAGGCCGAUUAUGCAGUGCCGGAAGUGAAGGAUGAUCAGGUCUUGAUCAAGGUGGUGGCGGCGGCUCUUAAUCCCGUUGAUUACAAAAUAAGGCUGGGGGAAUUUAAGACCAUUGAUUCGAAGCCUCCUGCUGCUAGUCUUCCUCUGGCAAUUGAAACCGCCUACGAAGGUCUUGAAAGGGCCGGAUUUUCUGCUGGAAAAUCUAUACUCGUUUUAGGUGGUGCUGGUGGAGUUGGAUCUCUUGUAAUCCAGGAGAACUUUGAAGACCUAGCAGAAAAAUUCGAUGUCGUUUAUGAUGCUGUCGGGCAGGGAGAUAGGGCAGUGAAAGCAGUGAAGGAAGAUGGCUGUGUAGUAUACAUAUGGGGUGCAGCAACACCACCUGGUUUUUCAUUUUUGGUUACUUCAAAUGGAGAAAUGCUGAAGAAGCUAAAUCCAUUUCUGGAGAGUGGGAAGGUGAAGCCGGUGCUCGACCCCAAGGGGUUAUUCCCUUUCGACAAGGUUAAUGAAGCAUUUGCUUAUCUAGAAACAAACCGAGCCACCGGAAAGGUGGUUAUAUAUCCAAUUAAUCUGUGA